AUGAAACUGGAAGGACUAGUAGCCUUUGUCACAGGAGGAGCCUCUGGGCUUGGAGCAGAAACCGUAAAGCAACUUGUAGAAGCAGGUGUUAAGGUAACCUUUGGUGAUCUCAACGCUGAAAAUGGUGAAGCCUUGGUCAAGGAAUUGGGUGAGGAUAAGACAAAGUUCUUAGAGCUUGAUGUAACUGAUGAGAAAGCUGUGGAAGCUGCAAUUAAUACCUGUGUUGAGACCUUCGGAGCUCUCCAUAUUGCUGUGAACUGUGCUGGAAUUGCAGCUGUCGGUCAGACCAUCACUUCUAAAUCAAUAAUGAGCUUUAGUACAAUGAGACUUGUGACUGAGAUUAAUGUAUUCGGUACUAUCUAUGUCGCUGCUCAUGCUGCAAAAGCUAUGUCCAAGAACAAGCCAGUUAAUGAUAGAGGAGAGAGAGGUGUCGUCAUCAAUGUGGCAAGUGUUGCUGGAUAUGAAGGACAAAGAGGACAAGUCUCCUACUCAGCCUCCAAAGGAGCAAUUAUUGGUAUCACCACACCAAUGGCAAGAGACCUGGGAAGAUUUGGUAUCAGAGUUGUGGCAAUCGCUCCAGGGACUAUCAUGUCUCCAAUGCUUGCUGCCCAGACUGAUAAAAUGAAGAAUCUCCUCUUGAAGGAUACUCCUCUUGGAAGAUUCGGAGAAGCAGAUGAAUUCGCCCAUAUGGUCAGAACUAUUGCAGAAAAUUCCUAUCUAAAUGGAGUCACACUUAGAAUGGAUGGAGGAACGAUCCUAUCAUACUCUUAAGCAAAUUUUUAUUAGAAAUCCGCUAAAGAUUCUUCAAUA